UCACACUAAGCAGUGUUGCUGCCUGCUGUCAUUUUAAAUUCAAGUAAAGUUGGCAGCCCCCUAGCGUCUGAAAAAUUGCGCGGAAAGGAAAAAAAUCUAUAAAGUGUCGCUCAAACCCAGUUAAACAGCGCAAAAUGGACAGCAAAGAGGUUUCGGAGGUGCCAAGGCGGGAGGUGCGCUCCUUCCUGAUGGCCCGGGAUCCCUCCAUCGACCGCCGCUUCCGUCCGCGACCCAACAAAAAGAUGCGCCUGUUUGACAACAUUCAUGAGUCGGAGGAGGAGAGUUUCUCUGAAUACUCGGACACAGAAUCGGACUACAAGUACCAAUCGAGCGAGGCAAAUGAUGGUGCCUCCUGCGCCACCAGUGUGACAGACAGCAGCAACGUGGAAACGGGGCCGCAGGUCUUCCUGCGCCUGCGUCCCGUGAAGGAUGCUUCCAAAGCCUACAUAGUAUCGGAAGACGCAAAUGUGUUGAUUACCAGCUGCAAAGUGGACUCGACCAGCAACAAUGUGAACCGCAUGGAAAAGCACUUUGGCUUCACUUCCAUCUUUGACAGCACCGUUGGCCAGCGAGACAUCUACGAUACCUGUGUGGGUCCUAAAAUCAUGGAAGAAGAAUGUGUGACCAUCAUGACAUAUGGCACAUCGGGCUCUGGAAAAACAUAUACCUUACUGGGCGAUGAUGUGCGUGCUGGAAUCAUUCCGCGUGCUCUGGAAAACAUAUUCACCAUUUACCAGGACACCAUAUUCCGCUCACCCAAGCUAAAGCUGAUCAAUGGCAGCAUCGUGUUUUUGCAGGACGACGCAUCGCUUAAAGAGCUGCAGAUUCGGAAAAAACUUUUAGACUUAUGUCCGGAUAUCAGUGCACACCACCAGCGUCUAAAGCAGGUAAUUGAUGGCGAUCACGUGUUCGAGUCGAAGGCUUCCGCCGACGUUUUCGUCUUGGUUUGGGUUUCCUUCGUGGAGAUCUACAAUGAACUUGUGUACGACUUGCUAGCCAUACCGCCGAAACAGGACAAGCUGGGAGAAGUGCCACGAAAAAACCUGAAGAUCGUGGGCAACAAGGGCCAUGUGUUCAUCAAGGGCCUAACCAGUGUUUUCGUGACGAGCAGCGAGGAGGCGUUGCGUCUGCUCCGGCUGGGCCAACAGCGAUCCACGUACGCCUCCACCUCGGUGAACGCCAACUCCAGUCGGUCCCACUGUGUAUUCACUGUAGACAUACUCAAGUACAAUCGGUCGGGCAUCACCACGCAGAGUUCUUACAAAUUCUGCGACCUGGCGGGUUCGGAACGCGUGAACAACACGGGAACCUCUGGCAUUCGUCUCAAGGAAGCAAAGAACAUAAACACUUCACUGAUGGUGCUAGGUAGAUGUCUAGAUGCGGCCAGCACAGUGCAGAAAAAGAAAAACGCGGACAUCAUUCCAUAUCGCGACUCCAAGCUCACAAUGCUGCUGCAGGCGGCUUUGUUGGGCAAGGAGAAGUUAGCCAUGAUCGUGACGGUUACGCCGCUGGAUAAAUACUACGAGGAGAACCUGAACGUCCUGAAUUUUUCUUCCAUCGCCAAGAACAUCAUCUUCAAGGAACCCGUAAUAAAGCAGCAUCGCGUAAGCUACUGUGGUUUCAUGGAAUUCUCGAAGAUGUCGACAUGUGAGGGCGGCGACUACACCAAGGAACUUGAGGACGAAAACGUUCGCCUACAGUUAGAGAUUGAACAACUGAAGUACGAUCAUGUGCUGCAAAUGCAGCUGCUGGAGGAGAAACUGCGAAGGGAACUGACUGCCACGUACCAGGAGAUAAUCCAAAACAACAAGAAGCAAUAUGAAGACGAAUGCGAGAAAAAGUUACUUAUUGCGCAAAGAGAAUCGGAAUUUAUGCUUUCCUCUCAAAAGCGACGCUAUGAAGAGCAAAUAGAAGACCUCAAAGAUGAAAUAGAGGAGCUUAGGAAUCCCGCGAGCGACAGUGACAUUUCUGAUGAACUAAGUGACUCAAAGUAUCCCAUCGAAAUCAUCGAUGAUGAUUAGAUUCCUUUAUUCACAAUUUUUAAUUUGUUAAGUGUUAAGUGAUUUUUAAAUUUAAAUUUGAAUCUUGAUAUGUUGUGUAGAGUUGGCCAAGUUUUUCAAUAAACAUGUAAAGGAUCAGCAAACUAGUGUGUGAUACUGUGCCAAGAAACUUCGAGCAAGAAGACCAGCAUCGCAAUUACCAUGAACGUUCCGUACGCCUGCCACAUCCACUGAAGAUCCCCAAUCCGUAGCGAGGUAGGGUGCACUCUUUCCUUCAACUGCAGACUGGGAUCCUCCAGACUGGACAAUCCAGCUGCUGACAUGUCGUAGUAAUGCAUUCCCACCCAGAAAUCAUAGAGUCCAUUGGCAUUAACCUCCAGAAUCAGUUGGCUGACGGGCUCUGUGAACAAGGAAUUCUGCGGCCAUUGGAAAGAAAGCAGCGCCAAGGACCAUAGGCAGUCAUCCGUGGAGUAGAUAAACAGCU